AUGAAGUUGACUAACUUCCCCGUACUCAUUCCUGCAUUUACUGCGCAAAUCGCUAUUAGGGAUCCUCUUGUUAUAAGUUCCAAUCUUGUGAAUGUUCCCUUCGUCCCUGAUGCGGGCACACUCAUCUCGGAACCCGGCUAUGAACCUUCUAUCGAUGCCAAGUUUAUUCAUGGUAGCGACUUCCUACGGCGUGACCCGGACGGGCAAUGGGUAAAGCUUGAAGUUACGAGCGUUGCGCAUGAUACGUCAGGCUCCACGAUGAGAUUCAGUUAUAAUGGUGUCGUGUAUAUGGAGGGUGAUGAAGGAAAGGUAAUCCGAGGGGAUGCGAAUGCUACGACAACUGGGUUUGGAAAUGCCUUUGUGCAGAUUAGGUUCGAAACUGAUGCGCCUGGCCUGAAGGUCUUGCAAGAUAAACUUUAUGUAGGUUCGGGGAGGUUCGCGAUCGAGGAAGAAAAGCCUGUCAUUGUGGAAUACAAAAUCAGCGAGGUGAGUGCGAAUUGCAACAAGGGAUCCAGGACUGGCUGA